CAGGUCUGGACGUAUUCUGAUCAGUUUUGGCCAGUUUUCCCGCUGGACACGCGCGCGUCUUCUGUCAGCGGAAUGAUUAUGGUCAAGCUUCGGACUUGGUAACUUGGCAAACUUUGUGUGCGUCAACCCAACUUUUAAUAUUAGAGUGAGUGAAUUGAACAGUUACGAAGUUAUUGUAAGUUCAAGUAAGUUUAUGGUAGUUAUAACUUGUAUAUUAAGUGAGUUAAGUGACGAACUAAUGGACUUGUGGAUUUCGAAACUUUUCUUGAAAGGUUUUCAUAGCAGAAAGAAAAUAACGUUGAAAAUGUAAUCAAGAAUCAGUGUAGUGCAGUAAUAAUUAAGAAGUAUAAAAUGGAGUGUUCGCCUCGCCCCAGCUCGACGCGAGUGCUCUCCCUGUGGACCUUGCUCAUCGGCAGCUUUAAUAUAGCAGGUCUGCGACCGGGUCCAAGCGUGUGGGCGGAGUCACUCGACGCGGUCAACUUGUCAGCGGUGGCGGGAGGCGAUGCGACACUGCCCUGCGACACUAGGUCGCCGCAGCCACCAGAUGCAUUGCUACUUGUCGUGUGGUAUAAAAACGAUGUACCUAUAUACAGCUACGACAGUAGAGCCAAAGGGCCCGACGCGCACUGGGCCGACGCGUCGCUCGAGGGUCGCGCGCGCUGGCACGCCACCCCUCACUCGUCCCUGCGCAUACACGAUGUGAUCCCGACAGAUCGCGCCCUCUACCGCUGUCGAGUCGACUUCAAAGUGUCACCCACCAGGAACUACAAGUUCGUGCUUCAUGUUAUAGAACUGCCAGAAAAGCCGAAAAUCUUUGACGAAGCCGACAAAGAAGUAGUAGGCAUAGCGGGCCCAUACAUAGAAGACACCAGCCUGAAGCUUACCUGUGUUGUAAGUGGAGGAAAACCAAUGCCACGGCUGCGGUGGAAGAGGGGCGACGAGAUAGUCGCAAAGUUGGACCCGGUCGAGGACGAAACCCGGCUAAGCCUCCUAGAGCUUAGGAUACCUAAGCUGACACGGGCGUACUUUGAAGCUGUGUACACGUGUACGGCGGACAACACGGCUUUGGUGCCGCCACUGCGGGUCAACGUGCAAAUACAAUUAUACUUACGACCACUGCUGGUUGAGAUCCUGGCGCGAGAGCAGCCUAUAUCGGUCGGUCAAGAAGCUGAACUAGCGUGCAGAGCAGUGGGCUCCAGACCACCGGCCAUCAUCACAUGGUGGCUUGAUGAUAAGCCUAUGGUGGUUGCUGAUCCACAAAAGAAUUCCGACGACCGCAACGAAACGGUUUCGUUUCUAAGGUGGACGCCGCGCAUGGAGCACGACGGCCGAGUGUUGACCUGUCGGGCACAUCACGCGAAUCUGGAGCACGCUACCCUCGAAACUAGCAUGAAACUCAACUUACACUAUGUCCCCAUAGUCGUGCUUCAACUGGGUUCAAAAUUGAACCCAAACGACAUAGAAGAGGGUGAUGACGUGUACUUCGAGUGUGUCGUGCGCGCAAAUCCGCCCGCUUACAAAGUUGUUUGGGAGCAUAAUGGCCAAGUAAUGACGCACAAUCAACGGGCGGGGGUAAUCGCGGGGUCAGCACACUUAGCCCUCCAGGGCGUGUCGAGGGAGCAAGCGGGGAAGUACGUAUGCAUCGCAUCCAACGUUGAGGGCGAUGGGAGAUCCGCACCUGUCAUUUUGCAGGUUAUUUAUAAGCCGGUUUGCAAGAACACAAUGACCGCCAUAGUGGGCGCAGCCAUCAACGAGGCGGCGCGGGUUGCAUGUGAAGUGGACGGGUUCCCGACACCCAAAAACUUCCAGUGGACGCUCAACAAUAGCAUGGGAAUGGUCGAACUGGAAGCGGGAAAAUUCACCGUAGAAAAGACAGGUCGUUCCAUUCUGACGUAUACGCCAGCAACGGACACCGACUACGGGUCCCUCGCUUGCCGAGCGACUAACCUGGCCGGACAGCAAAUAGAACCUUGCAGAUAUACGCUACUACCAGCCGUGAAGCCAGACCCACCAACGAACUGCUCCACCUUGAAUCUGACUGACGAUUCCGCCGAGCUGAGAUGUUUAGCUGGUUACGAUGGGGGUCUUCAGACCACUUACUUCGUGGAAGCCUGGGAGGCCGGCAGCCUUAUAGCCAACGUAUCAACAAUAACACCAGUUUGGAAGCUCCAAGGUCUAGGGUCUGGGAAGGCUCUGAAGCUAGUGUUCUACGCGAACAACGCCAGAGGGAGAUCUGAAGUUACCACUCUUAGAGUGCAUACGCUAUCAAGACUAGCUUUGCAUACAGAAGCGAAGCACAGCAACAUCAGCAGUAUGGACUCGAGCUGGGCCCUCGGCAUCAUCGCGGGUGCAGUCGGAACCCUCGCUGCAGUUGCCAUCGUCGCUCUGCUAGCGCGAAAGCGACACCACAGGCCUUUACAGUACGAAGCGCCACUGCAGACGGGGAAGGCGUACAAAGGUGCUUUGCAUAACCACUCCCCCCUCCAACCGGACGACAAGAACCCAGAUGUAGUGCCACUCGGGAAAGAUUUCAACUGCACGCGAGACUCUGAACGGCCGCCCGAGCCGCCUCCCUACGGAGUAGUGGUGUCGCCGCCAGUGGGGUCGUCGAGGAGCGUGCACAGCUUACAUGAGCGCGCCAACACCCCGCACACGCCUCACACGCCCAACACUCCAGCGUCCGAUGCACAGAGCAUCGGUACACUAGCGGAGGACCGGCGUAGUGUGACAAGUGGUACGCUGUCUCGGAGGAGGGAAGUUGUCACGACAAGAACGCCCCUCUUAGCGAACGCGAGAGAAAGCUGUGUGUAGAUACUAUAUAGUGACGUUUUAUAUUGGACACAUUUAUAUUUACUAUUGAAGGAUAAUUAUGUGGUGUGAACAAGACUUUAUUAGUAUAGUAAUGGAUGGACAUGGAAUUAAGGGACGUUAUACACAUAGUCGGCUCGAUACAGGGUAGAAUCGGAUUUAAUACAUGAAUGUUUGAUAAAAAUGUCCGCCUAUCAACUCGGUUUGAAUUUAAGAAGCACAAUGGGUGUUUAAGGGUGCGAAAUCAAAUGCGUAGUGUUUAAAGCCGAAUGGAGUUCGGAAAAACUCGGGUGGUUAUGCCGAUCGGGCGAGCCGAGUAAAACUAGAACUUAUUAUGUGAAAGGGUUGGUUUUAUUGUAGAGUAAAAGUCACCGAAUCAAAUGUGAUGAUCCGACUAUGUGUAUGACCUAAAAUAGGCUAUUUGACUAAUUGUUGGAAAUCGUUUUAAAUUAUUCUUUAU